AUGGUCUCGCUGCGGUGGUAUAUUCGACAUUGCAAAUUUAUUUCAUUUUUUCUGCAUAUUUACUCUAAAUAUACCAUGUUUUCUUCAUCAACUUAUUUCUAUGGUACCUUAAAAUUAUCCGAUUUUUCCUUUCACAUUCUCAGUAGAAUCAUAGGGCUACCACCACUUCAUUUUUGUGCCAUGUAUACACAAUGA